AUGUCAAAUCAACAAUAUAAAGUCAAAGCAAUAUAUUUGUCCCAGGAAAAACAAAUUAAAACAUUUGAAUAUGAUUUAUUAAAGCCAAAUGAUGAAUUUUCGAAAAAUGAUUUUCUUAUAGAACUUGAAAAAAAUAUUAUAAAAAUACAAGAAGAUUGUAAUAAAAUUCUUACUGAAAAAAUAAAUGAAAAAUAUCCAAAAACGAUUCCAGAAAAUGAUGAGGAUAGAAGGAAUCAAGUGUAACGAUUCAUUUAAUGAAUUUAUAUUAAAAGUAUAAAUUAAAUUUUUGUAAAAUAAUUGCAGAUAUAAAGAUUUUAUUUGGCAGUAUAUGGCAUAUUUUGUGCUUUUAAAAAUGCUCGUUGGCAUCCAUAAUGCACAAUAGAAUCACUAAACAUAAUAUUAAUUUAAAAAAUAGUGAUAAAAAGAAAUACUUUGGGAAUAUAGCAAGAACACUUUGUCCUAAACGUUUAUGACAGUUUCCGCAAGUUUUUUCAGAUGUUAUUGUAUAUUUCUUGUUGCAAGCAUCAAUCAAUUUAUUCUGGUAUUUCAUUAAAUUAGCUAUAUGUAAAGAAGAUAUAAUUUUCCCAUUAAUAAUGUCUGUUGUCUUAUUCUGAAUUGAAGUUUCUAAGUAUAAUUUGAUAUCGGAUAUUUUAAUGUUCAAAGGAAGACAAGAUGCAACUGUUUCAAUUUUAAUAUAUGAUCUAUAUAGAGAAAGAAGAUCAAGAGCAUUGGAUAACUGUAUUUCAUGACCAUCUGGAGGUUUCAAAAGAAGAUUUAAUAGAAUCAGAAAUAUUUCGUCACUUGAUUCCGUAUUAUUCAUAGAAUACACUUUUAUACAAUAGCUAUAACUCAAUUUAAAAUCACAAUUUCUUAAAUAUA